CGAACCUCCAUAUUCCGUUUACCCCGAGAAAGAAAGCCACGAUAUCCCAUUUUCUUUUCUUCUCUUCUCACGGGGUGACGCCGUCGACGGAACGCUUUCCUCCUUCUGCCUUCGGCGGAAACCCUAAAGUGAAUCACAGAAGCAAAAAGAGAAGCUCAGAUUCGAUCGUAUUGAUCAAAAUUCGAUAGGUGAAAACGCUGAUCUUUCCAUCUUCCUCCCCCUACCUUAUUCUUUCUCUCUAUCUCGCGAAUCUUUGUUGAAUUAUUCGCGUCGCGCUGAAAGGGAGAGAGAUCCAAUUGUAGUUCUUAAAUUAGGUGAUCUGGCUCAUAUGUUUAGGGAAAUGUGGGGUUUCUCUGUCGAUUUGUGUCAAAAUUAGGGGAAUUUUGGGUCUUUUUUUCUGCUGACUUGGGUGAGGCCGAGAUGGUAGAGAGGAGCGUCUGGUAUAGGCUUCCUGAAGAAGUAACCGAAAGGAUUUUCUCCUAUCUGCCGAUUGCGUCCGUGCUUCGGUGCCGGUGCGUCUGCAGAUCUUGGAACUCUCUUCUGAAUUCCAGGUCGUUCUUGGAGUUGUGGGGGAGAGUCUCGCCUCGGGAUUUCUUCUUCCUCGUCUACCACAAUUCCCAGUUGGUUGCUGCCUAUUCUCCGAGCUCCGGGCGGUGGAACAACCUUCCGAUAUUUGAUCGUUGUUCUCUAGAUCCCGGGCGAGUUCUCCUUCUUGCGUCCUCUGGCGGCCUUCUGUGCUUUAGGAAUAGGAAUUCUGAUUAUCCCACGUUGAUUGUGUGUAACCCUGUCACUGGGACCAGUAGGGUCCUGCCUGAGAUGCUUCGCGUCCGUUACAUCGAUAUAGUGGGGAUGGUUGCGGACAAAGCGAGCAAUUCCUACAGAGUUCUUGUAACCGGGACUACUGAACCAACUUCUAAUGAGAGCAUCACUGAGGUUUAUGAUUCCAGAGUAGAGGGCUGGAUCCACCACGGCUUUUCCAAGCUGGAUUUCUUGCAAGUCUGGUAUGAAGUCCAUGCAAUUUGGCAGAACGGAUCUUUCUAUUGCUUGGCUACUCCGGUGAACACUGCUCGUGGCUAUCGGUUUAUUUGUUAUAAUUUGGAGAGAAGGCAGUGGUUGGAUCUCAAUGUUAAGAUGCCAUCCAGCGAUAUAAGGUCCCCUUCGUUGGUGGUUUGUGGAGAUAAGAUCCUGUUGACUGGAAAGAUUGUUGUGGAUUACUUCAUAAGAAGCAUAUGCAUUUGGGAGCUUAACUGGGGCAACCUAAAGUGGGUCAGGGUGGGAGAGAUGCCUGAAGAUGAGCUGACCAAGAUUAUGUCUCCAUACUCAGUGUUGCUUCAAUGUCAAGGUCUGAAUGAUCUCAUGUGCUUUAGCACCCAUAGGGGUUGGCAGUCGAUAAUGUAUGAUUUGUCAGAGAGGAGGUGGCAAUGGUUACCUGAGAAUGAUGCGUAUGAAAAGAAUCAUACGGUGGCUAUGGGGAGAAACAGUCUUAUUGGUUUGCCAUAUGAGCCUAGCUUGUCUGCAAAAGUUUGAAUUAUCGUCAAAUGAGAGACACGCACACUUGUUGGUCUGCACUGUUAUGUAAAGGCUGUCAGCUGCAUGAGAUUGUUCCAACUGCUGCGAGUCAUGCUUGAUCAGUUGAUGCGUGUUCAUGGUUGUGUGAGAUCAAGAUUUGUAUUCUGUUCGGGUGGUAUGACCGGAAACAGGCCGUCUCAGAGGUUUCUCAUUCCAUUGUGUAGGGGUUAAUGUAAAUGUGACCUUAAAAAAUGGUUAAUGUACAAAAUUUCUCCCAUUUGCAUGCAAUUGUAAUUGGGUCUCAAAGUUUACUUGUGCAUGUUUUACAAUGUGGUUCAGUUCUAAAUUUGCUUAUAAAUAUUCGUGGUCAUGAUUGAUGUAGGAA